UCUGCGCGUGCGCAUUAUUUGCACAUGUUGACAUUGUCGUCUGAUCCUGUCCCUUUGGAACGGCGUUUUUGUGGUAUUUCUUUAACUAACAUUGUUAUUUUACUCAGUUAAUGGGUAAGAACUGCUGGAGGACAUAUUUAAUCCUCAUAUUUAGUCAUGGCGAAGGCAUCUGUUCGUGCUUUCCAUAAACUAGAGGGGUGGUUCUCAACAUACAAACCACCCGGUGUCCACUGGAAACUCGUCCGAGAUACAAUCGAGACCAACUUGCUCAAAGGGAUAAAUGCUGCCCCUCCUCCAGCCCCUCUUCAUCGAGUCCAGUUCCUGGCUGAGCCCACAAAUACAAAUGUGUCUGGGGGUUCAAGUGAGCUCACCAACACUGUGUCUGGGGGUUCAAGUGAGCUUACCAUAUCUGCAUCGUUUGUCCCAUCACUGGCCAAUCACCCUUUGGUGAAUGGACCUGAUUUUCAGCACAUAGCUGUAGGAGUGGGACAUAAAUUAGACGUCUUCUCUUCUGGAGUUCUAGUUCUUGGUGUUGGGCAAGGAAACAAGUCUCUGACUGAUCUGUUCAGAUCUGUUGUCACCAGAGAUUAUACAUUGGAGGGUGAGUUUGGUAUGGGAACUGAUGAUUUCACUCAUACGGGCCGCCUCAUAGAGAGGACCACAUAUGGUCACAUCACACGGGACAAGCUGGAGAGAGUACUGGCCAUGAUGCAGGGAUCCAAUCAGAAGGCCCUGCUAACGUAUUCUCAUGUGGACAUGAACACCCAAGAGGCCUAUGAAAUGGCAGUGAAAGGGGAACUACGUCCCAAUGGCAAAUCUCCCCCUAUCAUAACCGGUCUGCGUUUAUUGCACUUCCAACCCCCCCACUUUACCUUGGAGGUGCAGUGUUUGAAUGAAACUCAGCGAUACCUGUGCAAAGUCCUGCAUGAGGUGGGCCUGGAGCUCCGCAGCACGGCUGUAUGCAAGGGAGUGCGCCGCACGCGAGACGGACCCUUUACCCUACAGCAUGCCUUGACUCGUCAACACUGGACUGUCCCUGAUAUCAUACAGGCCAUCCAGCAGCACCGCUCUUCCAGAAAAACUAGAAAAGCCAAGAGCACACAGCUUAGGGCAGGGUAAAGGACACGCCAACAGAAUGGAAGAAGAAGCAAUAGUCUCUGAGGAUUCCUACCGGAUACAUUCAGUAUUGAUCUUGUACUUGGCAGUUGAUGAGGAAAAAAUAUUGAAACCUGUAGUUGAGGCUAAGGAUCUGGCUACUGAAAAUACUUGUGGCUGUACGUCAUUUUGGAAUUGGAAAUAUUUAUCCGUACAAAAUGUUAUCUCAGAAUGUUUGGGGGAACGAGAUGACGGUUCUAUGGUCCGAGCCAGACCCAGAAAUCUGGGCGGACAUGCUCACUUUGGCCAACGACUUAUUAUAGGCUGCAUUUACGGAAUGUUUUUGUUUGAAAAAUCCAUCUGUACAUGGUCUACCUGCAUUUUCAUUUUACUAGUUUAACACUUCCUGAUGUUUUGAAAACAUCAUGCUAGGAGUUGCCUAGAGCAGUGGUUCCCUUUCAAAGGUACUAGGACCAGAGGGGGUACUUUCCCUUUCCACAGGGGUUACUUAAGAGGAUUCAGGAGACCAUAGACUAAAUGGUAAAAUGCACACGAAGGGGUACUCCCAGGGUACACUGGGAUGAGUUGUACAGUAACUGAAAAGGUUGGGAACCACACAGAGUACGAGGGCUUGUAAUGAGGGCAACUGACUAUAUUCUUAUGUUUGUGUGGUGAGCAUUUUGGUGCUUGGAGCUCCUGAGGUGGGUUUCACCCCGAAUAAACGAGAAAUGAACUUGCUAAAAGACCUAGAAAAUCAUCAGCAGACUA